CGUAGGAAGAAGAUCUGACCGAUGUGGGAUACUGCUUCGGUGAGGUUCCGCUAUGGUGAUUUUGUCUGCGAAUCGUUUCAAAGGCGAAUAUUUUCUAAUAACAUCACUCCUUAUGGCGUCAGUAGGUUGGGUAAUCGUCUUAGAAAUGACGAUUACUAAAAGACAAUUUGCAAUGCAAUAUGGAGGACGUAGAAGUAUAAAGCCAUCUGCUCGUCCCAAAGGAAAAAAGAAAUAGAAACAUAUCACUUCUCAUCAGUAGCAAUCAUCCUCAAGACCUUGAUAAGAAAUACAGCUUCUCUCAACUUUUACUUAUCCUAUCAAUCAAUAUGACUACUAUUACGAAGGUCGCCAUUGCAGGUGCUAAGGGAGAUCUUGGAGAGCCAGUAUUUGAGCAACUCUUAAAGGCUGGUUUCCAAGUUACUGUCAUAACUCGCAAAGGCAGCUCUCAUAUCUGGCCGUCCAAUGUCACCGUCAAGGAAGUCGAUUACAACUCGCUCGAUUCUCUGACGGAGGCACUUCAGGGUCAAGAUGCUGUUGUCUCGGCUAUUACAACUUCGUCAUUGGGCGCACAGAUCAACCUGAUUGACGCCGCAGUCAAGGCAGGGGUGAAACGCUUUAUUCCAUCCGAAUUCGGUUCCAACACUUUCAACGAAAAGGCUUCACAGCUGCCUUGCAACAAACCCAAGGUCGAAGUCCAGAAAGCACUGAAGAAAGCAGCUGCCGAAAGUAGUCUGACUUGGACAGCCGUACUCUGCGGACCUUUCUUGGACUGGGCGAUCCGUGUCGGGUUCUUCGCUGACGUUAAGAAUCGUACUAUUUUAAUGCCAGAUGGAGGAAACAAUACCGCUUCGAGCACGACCCUCCCCACCGUUGGCAAGGCUGUGGUGGGUGUGCUGAAGAACUUUGAACAGACCAAGAAUCGCCCAGUCUUCAUUCAAGAGACUGUCAUCACCUUGAGGCAGAUUGCGGAUAUUCUCAAAAAGUAUACCGGGACAGAAGGAUGGGUUGAGAACGUCACGUCGCUCGACGAGGGACUCCAGGACGCUUUGGAAGAAAACAAGACAGCAUACACGCCAAACGUCUUCAUCUCAACUCUCAGGGUAGGCAUUUGGGGUAAGGAUUACGGCGGUACCUUUCAGAAGCUUGAUAAUGAGCUCCUGGGAAUCAAGCAGUUGAGCCCGGCUGAAGUGGAGGCUAUCGUGGCCAAGAACAUCCCCACGUACAAUGCCGAGGGGUGAUGAUCAGUGGUUGUAGGGGAUAGAGCAGUAUCUUACCCACGUUAGAUCAUGUUAGUCUUGAAGUUUUAGUUUGAAGUAGAGUUCAGCUACCGAAUUCUUCUAUAUUCAUAACUAAAUCGAUGAGUUGCUAUUAAAA